AGUGCGCAUGCGCGUCGCGGAGACCGUUUAACCCCAGGUAGCCAGGAGCUAAUCGUGUAUUCUACAGAAUUUCAAUAGAAAUGGCACAUUACAGAGCCUCAGAGUCAAAGCGUGAGCAGUUCAGGAGGUACCUGGAGAAGGCCGGGGUACUGGACAGUCUGACUAACGUGCUGGUGGCCUUAUAUGAGGAGACGGAGAAACCCAGCAACGCCCUGGAUUUUAUAAAGCAGCACCUGUCUGCAGGAGAUCUGGACUCCAGCCAGGCCGAGGUUCUCCGAGUGGAACUGGAGGAACUGCAGCAUAAAUAUGACCUGCUACAGGAGGAGAACCGUGAGCUCAGGAACCGGCUGCUGCAGUAUGAACCGGCUGCUGAAGAUGCAGGAGCAGAAUGACUGAGUUUACUUUAAUUUACUUUAAUUAUUAUUAGAAUUAUAAUUAAGAGCAAUAAUAAUGAUGUCAUUGUUGUGUUAAUUUGUGCAGAUUUAUGUUCUCACUGGUGCAGUGUGUGUGUGUGUGUGUGAUGCUCAGAAGGGUUAUUUAAUUUGAUAAACAGAGUUUACUGUUGGAUUUAUGAAUAAACACAAUACACCUUUUCUGCA